AUGAUUCUCCCACUACUAAUCUACUCACUCCCCUUCUUCCUGCUCAUCAUCCUCUUCAAGAACCAGUCUCUCCUCCCCUCGACAAUCCCCGGACCACUCAUCGCGCGCUUCACGAACCUCUACCGCGCAUUCCUCGUCUACCAGCGAUCCCCGCACGAAGUCCACCUACAACUACACAAACAACACGGCCCCCUAGUUCGGCUCGGGCCCAACGUGGUCUCCGUAUCCGGCUCAGCGCGGUAUAUCGCGCAGAUCUACGGGAUCGGGAAGGGGCUGGUCAAAUCUGAUUUCUACAGCUGUUUCCAGAACAUCGUCAACGGGCGCCGAGCCGCGAGCCUCGUCGCCAUCACGGAUGAGACGGAGCACGCCAAGUCGAAGCGGCUGGUCGCGCACGCGUACAGCCUCAGCACGCUCGUCGAGUACGAGGGCCUCGUCGAUCAGACGGUCGAUGUAUUUCUGACGACGCUUGAGGAUCAAUUCACCACCACCGCGACCAAGGACAACGACACGUCUUCCACGCCCGCUCCCGUGCCUGUCCUCGACCUUGGCCGCUAUCUCCAAUUCUUCGCCUUCGACGUGAUCGGCGAACUGACCUUCUCCCGCCGCCUGGGCUUCAUUGAGUCCGGGGCGGACGUCGACUCAAUCAUCGCCGCCAUCGGUGCCAACUUCGAGUACUUCAGCGUGCUGGGCCAGAUUCCGUGGCUCGACGAGGCCCUCCUCGGCAAGAACCCGCUCUACGUCAGGUACUUCCGCAAGAGUGUCAGCUCACCCAUCCUACAAUUUGCACAGGCGCGCUUGAAAGAACGGUUACGUGAUAUCGAGGAAGGUCGCGGCGACGAGAAGAACUCCUUGGACAGGCCCGAUUUCCUCAGCCGCUUCCUGAAGGUCAGGCAGGAGGAGGUCGACGGGGCAGAAGCGAUGAAUGAUCUGCGCAUACUUUCGUACCUCUUUGCGAAUAUAAAUGCCGGCAGCGACACUCUGGCGUCGACCUUGAGAGCGAUUCUUUACCACCUACUGAGAAACCAGGCGUCGCAGGAGAGACUAAUCACCGAGCUGGCGAGCGCCGCGGCGGGGAGCAAGAUUUCGGCGCCGUGUCCGACAUGGAACGAAACACAACAGCAACUCCCCUACCUCUGCGCGGUGAUCAAAGAAGGUCUGCGGCUGAAUCCCGCACUCUCGCUCCCACUGGAGCGCGUCGUUCCACAAGACGGCCUCCAGCUCAGCCACGAGGACGGCGCGACCACAUUCCUGCCCGCCGGGACCAUCGUCGGCAUCAACCCGUGGGUCCUGCACCGCUCGCCGGGGAUCUUCGGGCCUGACGCUGAAGAGUGGAGCCCAGAGCGUUGGCUGACAGAGCACGAGCAGAAGACGAAGACCAUGGAGCACGCGCUGCUGGCGUUCGGGGCGGGCAAGAGGUCUUGCCUCGGGAAGAACAUAGCGAUGCUGGAGUUGCACAAGGUCGUGGCCGCGCUGUUCUUGAAGUUUGACGUCGAGCUGGACGAUCCGGCCCGAGAGUGGGUCGUGAGCAAUGCCUGGGCGCUGAACCAGACGGGGUUGCUCGUUAGGUUGAAGGUUCGUUGA